AUGGCGUGCAAUUCUGCAACCUGCCAGUCCGGUUGCUAUAAAGAUUCCGAUUCUGGCGUAGGCCAAGAACGACAAUCGGCGACUGAGAACGGAGGAUGCGACUUGGACCUCUAUGCUAACAGUCGCGUCUGCAUCAAAUGCAAAGUAAACGAAACAAUAGAAGCUACCCAUCCCACUGUUACUGGUGGCGGCGGGGAUGGCAGUAGAUUCUGCGCUGAUUGUUUCAGGGGUAACUUAUUCGGGAAGUUCCGGUUCGCCGUAACUUCUAAUGCCAUGAUUUCACCCUCCGACAAUGUUCUCAUCGCCUUUUCCGGUGGUUCCUCAUCUAGGGUGGCUCUUCAAUUUGUGCAUGAGAUGCAACACAAAGCACAGAAGAACUUUGAUGCAAGUAGAGAUAAAUCUUUGCCAGUAUUUGGAGUUGGCGUUGCUUAUAUUGAUGAAAGUGCCAAUUUUACAGUCCCUUCUCAUGAUUUUGAUAGAGCGAUAGAUGAGAUGAAACUCAUUGUGUCAGAUUUAGCUCCACCAGUAAAACAAUUUUAUGUUGUUCCAACUGGAAGUAUUUAUUCUUCUGAUACUGGCGCCGGAAGGCACAGACUGGUGGAAUUAAUAAAUGCUGUUCCUGACAUCACUGGAAAAGAAGAUCUUCUGGAGCAUCUGCGCAUGUUGUCUUUGCAGAAGAUUGCUGUUGAUAAUGGAUACACCAAGCUCGUGCUAGGAACAUGCACGUCACGUAUAGCUUGUCGUGUCCUUGAAGCCACUGUCAAGGGAGAGGGUUACUCAUUGGCUGCGGAUAUUCAGUAUGUUGAUGCUAGGUGGGAGAUACCGGUGGUUCUUCCCUUGCGUGAUUGUAUCUCUCAAGAGCUGAAGAUGCUAUGCAGUCUCGACAGUUUGAAGAUGGUAGAAACAUUUCAGCAACCUCGAUGCGGCAUCAAUGGCUUAAUAUCCUCGUUUGUAAAAUUGUUGCAGGAGGAAAAUCCUUCACGAGAGAGCACAAUUGUAAGAACAGCGGGGAAGCUUAAACCUUUCUCUUUCAAUAGGAUUUUAGAAGUUGAUGACUGUAAUGGUCAUUCGGCUUCUCAGAGGCGGCUAAAGAAAUACAAUUUGAAGCCUAAUGAAUCUCUUCCUCCAGAAUCAUUUUGCUCUAUAUGCCAUAGCCCGCUUAAGAAUUCUGACACUCCAAGUUUGAAUAGCAUUGGGAAUGACGAAGCAAGUGUCGGGAUCUUUGCAGAGACUUGCUCAAGUUGUCAAUAUCAGAUUCUUCCACGGGAGCCCUCAUCUUUGGAAUCUUUUCAUUCACUCUUACCACAGCAAAUGAUUUAUCUAGCAAAGAAUAGCAGCUUUGGCAAGCACAAGUCACUGAGGGUGCAAAUACAAGACUGUUUGUUGUCAGACAGUGAGGAUGGAACCUGA